AUGCCACCAACAGACAAGCUCUACAACAACGAGCAAGAAGAGCCAAACAGUCAUGAACUCAGCUCGACCCACUACAGACCAUAUCAACAUCCAAGCUCAUCAGACCGAAACGCGUUUGGGGAUGAUAGCGAUAGCGAGGAUCAAGUACACCACUCCCAAGAAGACCAGGAGCCACCUGAAUUCGAUGUCUACAAGGACUUCAAUAAUACCGGGGUUAGAUACACAACACUAUUACAUGGGAUGACAGAUGAAUCAAAGACACGAGAUCAAGAACGAACGAACUCGCCCCCAUCGAUGCUCAUCCAUUCGGAAAAGUCACUCGCCAAAAACUACGCUUCUGUCGAUCAGGACCUCUCUCCCAGCCCCUCUCAGGCCAGAUUCCAGGUCGACCAACCCGAGCCUCCUACGACUCCUUCUAACAAACAGAAGGGGAAGACCAUGCAGUUCAAAAAGCGGAAGAAUCGCUGGAAGGUCGGGUCGAUCAUCGCUUUUGUGGCUAUUGCUUGUUUAGGAGUCGUGAUAUAUUUCAUGAUCCCAAGACAGCCCUUUAUCUCAUUUGAAGCCCCGCCACGACUGAUCAAGAAGGAGGACAACCAUCUGAUCUUCAGUGCAUCCAAGCCGACGAACUUCUCCUUCGAAGCUCAACUGGACCUCGCGCUCGACGGCAGGGCCUCCUAUCUGCCCGUCCUCGUCCGCGACUUCAAGGUCUCCAUCAACGAUCUCGGCGCUUCCUCAGACUCCGUUCGUGUCGGAACUGGCUCGCUCGCUCAUGGGUUUACCGCUGGGACUAAGAAUCUUACCCCACUUACGCUCGACAUUUACUUCGAAUACACGACAAAGUUACCUUCGGAUGCGUUAUGGCAAGCCUGGCGAAAAGCGUGUGGCAACAUCGGAGAAUCGACGGUGAAUGGGACGAUCACGCGGCCGUCGCUCCAGCUCUUCGUCCUGCUCGAGUUCAGCGUCCUCGGCAUGUUCGGCACCCGCUCCGAUGGCACCCAGAUCACUAAUGUCGGCUGUCCCGCUGAACUUCCUGUCGGCGCUCCUUCGUUUUAA